CUUUUUUCUAGAGCCUCUUAUUAGAAAGCAUAUAAUAUCAAUCCAAGCCCGUUUCCGCUGUACGAAUCGCCUUACGAAACAAUUGCGACUAGGAAACAAGUGAAAGUAGUUCCCACACAGAUAUACCACAAACAUGGCUCCAGACACGCCUAAAGGGGUCUCUUCGAGACUCUUAACGAUGAAAUUCAUGCAACGAGCUGUUGCAUCGGCUUCAUCGUCGCCACAAGCAGAUGACAGCUCUCAAUCUUCGAAAAAACGAAAGUUGAAACACCCAGCGGCCACCGCAGCAGAAGAAAGAGUUAGCGCAUUGAUCGACCAAGCAUCGAUCAAGGCAGCGCUUGAAGAUCAAGAGGCGAAGCGACAGGCAGCGCUUGCCCAACACACCGCGAGCGGCGCGCAUUGGGUUUUGAAUACAAAGCUGGACAAAUUGAAUACCAGCGCGCCUUCAAAGCCUUCUCUGAACGUUGUCUAUGUUGGCUACGGAGAUAUCGAUUCAGAUGACGAGUCUGGCGGCGAAGACGCCGCGCAGAGUGGACGGACUUCGACGCGAAAGCCCAAGGAAGUCGAAGAUCAAAAACCCACUUCCGAGAGAGAAGACGACUCAAACGAUGAAUCAUCUAGUGAUGGCGGGGAUUCGACUUUAAAGCGCAAAGAAAGACAUUCAGAUGCUGGAGACGGCUCAAGUCGCUCUCGCUCACAAUCGCGGCCGAGAACUAGAAUCAACGACGAAAGUAAAAGGGCCAAAGACUUCCGUGAAAAGCGAAAGAAGAAGGAGCUUUCACUGAACAAGAUCACCUCCAUAUCAUCUGGGGGUGCUAGCAGCUCAGCCUCCUCUGCAUGCUACAUCUGCAAGCAGCCUGGACAUAAGGCCGCUAACUGUCCCAAAGGUGGCUCCAAGCGAUCAUGAACGCUUUUUUUUUUUUUACACUCCUGAACCUUGUAAAACUUCUUAUCCCUAUACGUACGACUUAUACGCACCCUAUCGAUAUGGGGAAACGUAAUCCUUUCACGAAUACUGAGGCAUCCCCUCUGAUUUAUACCCGAUUCACUAUAGACGAAUGUUUGCUGAUCCCGCAUGCAUCAACCAUGAUUUCCCUUUUAUUUAAAAGCAUCUGGUUAUCCCACAUAGAAUAGCAGAGCGUUUUCAAUACUAAACGCCGCCAAAGUAAUAGAAAAGCACAUAUUUUGCGGCAUCGUUCGCAUAGCAUGUC